AUGAGCGACCCGCGGCCACCAUCCCCGACAAGAAAUCCCCCUGCCCCUGCCACCCCAAACCCUGACCCGCUCCAGCCACCUCACCCCCACGUCCCGUCUCCGGCGACGCUAGAGCACGCGCUCCACGCCCGCAUCGAUCCCUUCUCUCCCCUCUGCCCUUCCGCCCGCACCUCCUACACCCGCGUCGACUUCACCGGCGGCACCGGUGCAAACACCCCUCGCCCCGACUUCACCGGAGAUAUCGACGGAGACAUGGAGGAAGAGCCCCAACCCGUCACCGAGGACUCUAUCCCACAGAUGCCUCAGGUGUCCAUCACCUUCCUCCUCGUCUCGGGGCGGAGACGAACGAUGUCUUUCGAGCCGGGGACCACAGUAGGGAGGGUCAAGGAGCUCGUAUGGAAUGCAUGGCCCAACGAUUGGCAGGAUGAACGCCCGCCUGCUCCGUCAUACCUCCGGAUACUGUACCUCGGGAAGAUUCUCCAAGACGAGGACUCGCUAGACAAGUUGUCGUUCCCAACACAACUUCCAUCGGCGACCCAGGCGUCCACCAUCGUCCACCUCUCGAUCCGCGCAUACGCUCCGCCCUCGGAAGAGGCUCCGAAGAAGAAGAGACGAGCCGGGCAGGCGUCCUCGGGCACCCCCGGCGAGCCCGCGGAGGAACACGCAGGAGGCUGCUGUGCCUGCGUCAUCUGCUGA